CUUUGGUGAAGAGGAGGAGCUGAUUUCUGUGUUUGAUUGCUAUUAACACAGUUGUGAAAACGAGCGCUGGAUUGCCAUUGGCAGAUGUCUUGAAGCCUGAAUAAAUGUAAGUUCCAGAAACAGUGCUGGGUUUCCUGAUAUAUAAGUCUUAGACAAAAGGAAAUACUGACUACACGCAGGAUGCGUAGGAAUUGGUUGCGAAUUUUUUUUUUUUAUUUAUUUUUGCUAGUGAUCAACGACAAGGUUUAGAACUUUUCUGAACUAUUUCAAACGUUAAACGUAUAACACUUUGUGUUCUGAUGGCAUUUUCCUCGUUUUUUUAAGUUAAGGUAAAUUGUGAGACUACAUCUGCGGAAAUAAAAAGAAUAUUAACCGUAUCCAGUCCUAAUUACUGUGUGGAACAUCAUACAACGACAAAAUAAGACACCAUGCUAGACUCGUCUGAAAGAACUGACAGAAUAGUAGCCACCCUUGGAGCCAUAGGGCAUGUUGGUAGGGACGGGAGUUGCGGUCCCCUUGGGCAGUGGCGAGGUCUCUAUAUGAACUGUUCCUCGGCUAUCAGUGCACAUAAAUACGGAGUGCCACCAACGAGACGUACCUCCAUACGAUGUAAGGGGGCUACACGCACUUUGCUACCUGUCCUACCGCCACUGACAGGCACCCAUGAGGAGUGCAUCACCACCUCUAGUUACUGGUGUAGUAAAAGGGAAGUGAAACCCCCUGUCUCACACGUACUUUUUCCUAAAAUAAAACUGUCUUCUCCCUAUAACACCGUCAGUAACGUCAGAAAGCAUAGGAAUCAGCAUUUGCUGCAAAAUCGAUUUCGCCAAAUCGCUAAAUGUGCUGCAAUACUUCGCUUGCUCUACAGGGACCAUCAUCUCCUAGGCAACCACGACUAUACUAUUGAGAGGGUCAAAAGGUGGACAGUGAAGCCCCAAAGUCUUGAACCUGAACAGGAUAUCCUUUUUGACUUGUCAUUGUUUAAAGCAAAGCAACAGGUAAGGAUUCCUGAGAGCGUAAAAUGGAUUCUGCACCAGAAGCCAGAAGAACGCAGUGAACAAGACACUCAUUUUGUACUGACUGCUCUUCAGCCUGUAAAGUCCUUUGGAGAAUAUUCCACAAAAUGUCAGACAAGACUAGCAAAAGUGUCCUGGUAUGUCAGCUGUGUUGCCCAACAAGUGCUGAUACUGCAAGGUUAUGAUCCUCUUUUCUUCUACAUCUGCCUCUCUGGAUACGCAACCAUGAUCAGAAGAGACAGCAGUAGUGGGCAGGUGAAACCCAUUUGGUUCAUCAGCAGAGGAGAUGCAUUUGGGGAGAAGGAGAUUAUAAAUGGAGAAUGCUGGGAAGCUUCAGUUAUUGUUCAGGAACCAGCAGAAUUCCUUUGCAUCAACAAAGAGGACUUUAUCAAGAUUUUCCAGUUUGGAAGUAGAAAAACGCUGAUGGAUCCAGAAAACACUAAGUUUCUAAGAAGUCUUCACUUUCUGAAUGGUUGGCCCAUGUAUUUGUUGGAAUCCAAUCCUGAAAAAUGCUGCAUCAACCACUACAGGAGAGGAACAGUUAUUCUAAAAAAUACUACCACUUCAGACUGGAUCUAUGUUGUAAUAUCGGGAAGCUGCUCUAUAAUGAAGCUGUUUCAAGAGGAUCGACAAAUGACCAGCACUACAACUGCAAAAAGGAGAAAACAGGAUAUCUGUGGGAAAUCCAAAUCUGGUCACAGUAUUCCAAAUGACCAUUCAAGAAAGAGAAAAGCAAAUCCUGUGUGCAUCACAGUAGACACGUUGGUGAAAGGAUGUGUGUUUGGCCUGUCAGAUUGCCUGUUUGAGGAGCAACCAAGUUUGUGUGUCAUCAGCAAUGGAGUAGAAUGCUUCCAGAUACUGAAGAAAUUUUACCUUAACAAUAUCUCAGCGGACUUUCUUGAGAAGCUGAAAUACCAGGUAUUUCCUUAUCCUAAUGAAAAGGAACUGAGCAAUAGAUUGCAGCAAGAGUUAGAAUGGCAGAUAUUCCGAAAACGGACUAUGGACCAAACUAUGCAGACGAUAAAGGUGAAACAAACUAUUGCACCAGACUUCAAAUAGCAAACUACCACAAUCAUGCUGCAAUAAUUAGGUUCACUUUAUACAUCCUAAAGAAGGAUGAUGAUUGCUAUGUAAUAAUAAAAGAAGUUAUUGAACAAAACAAAGUAUGAGAACUUAAAACCUCAUAUUAUUACAGUGCAAGAGCUGCAUAGAUAAGUGAAACUUAAUGUCAGGAAUUAUGUGUGAUAUGUACUAACCAAGACUGACGAUACCUGUAUGGUUAUCAGGUGUCUAACCAACAGGCUGACUGUAGUCUGUCCAAACAUGUACAGUGAGUUGUGCAGGGGUAUCUCAAAAGUGCCUACUAUUUAAUAAAGCCUCUUUAAAGUUCCCACCAGUUCUCUCCUCAUGCCCAACUGUAAUUACAUCUGAAGCACACAAAUAUACAGCUAACUUGUUCAUUCCAGUAUGGUUGACCCCAGCUUUCUGAUGAGCAUGCUUUUGUAAAAUGUUAUCAUUCCCAUGUGAGAAUAGUGUAGCUGAUCUGUUUUGUUGACUGCAUGCACCUUGUAUGGAUGAAUGGACAAAGUAGACAGUAGUGGAGAUCCAGUUCUUACCACUGGAGCGAGCCUGCUGUGUAUGUGUCUGACUUAUGUAGAGUUUAGCUCUGUUUCUUCAAAAGAUGUGCUUCAUAAUGCUACAAAAAUAGAACACUGUAGAUGAGCUAAACACCGACAAUGCUAUGGAGCUGUUUGACAUUCCAGAUGUAGCUACUUAAAAUAACUGUAAUUUGUAAUAACAUCUCCUCUAUUGACCGCUGUCCUCGGACAGAUGUGAUUAUGUUCUUAACCCAAUGGAAAUAGUGCAAUAACACCUCUGCAAAAGCAUGGCAUAUGUUACCUUGUAAAAAUACCUUGUGAAAUAAGACCAUUGCCUAUGCCUAAACAAGUCAGGGAAAAGGGAGUAAUUCAUUGCACUCUGUACUGACUUGGAGUGGCACAAAAUAAGGCAAUCGCAACACUGGGAAAUAUCUAUUUAAAACCUUGAAGUGAACUACUGGUUUUACUACAGGUGAACAAAAUGCAUAAC